AUGGACUACGGGUUUAAUGUGAAGGCGGGUGAAGGCGUCUUUAUCAAUGCCAACUGCCACAUUAUCGACACCUGUCUGGUGACGAUCGGGGCACGGACCAUGUUCGGUCCCAAUGUGCACCUGUACAGCGGAACUCACCCUUUGGACCCUGCCCUGCGCAAUGGGACCAAAGGCCCCGAAUCGGGAAAGGAGAUCCAUAUCGGUGAGGAUUGUUGGUUGGCCGGGAAUGUCACUGUUCUCCCCGGGGUGACAAUCGGGAAGGGUGCAACUAUUGGAGCUGGAAGUGUGGUCACGAAGGAUGUCCCUGCUUUUCAUUUGGCCCUGGGCAAUCCAGCAAGGGUUGUUCGAAAGAUUGAGACCGCAAUGGAGGGGGAAUCGUCAAGUUAG